AUGGAACCAGUUGAACAAGAGGAGAAUGACGAUCCGGAAAAAAAGAAGCAGAAUCCUCAGGAUUUGGAACAGCAAGCUAAACCUCAGAUCGCUUUCAAUAAAGCGUCUGUUCGAGCAGCAUUUGUUCGUAAAGUGUUCGUCAUAGUAACAAUAAUGAUACUAGUUGUUACAGUUAUGGUAACUCCAGUAGUUGUAGUGGAAAAAAUUAGGCUUCAAAUAACACAAAACAGCUGGAUCUAUUGGAUUGCACUAGUGGUUUUCUUUGCUACUUAUAUUACCUUAGUGUGUUGUCGCUGUGUGGCCCGAUGUUUUCCAUGCAACAUAUUAAUGUUAGUAGUUUUUACGUUGGCAUCCGGUCUUAUGCUAGCAGUACUCUGUUCGAGAGUACCGCCACAUACAGUACUCUUAGCUCUGGCAACAACAACACUAUCGUGUGCGGCAAUCAUCGCAUUUGCUUCUCAGACUAAAUGUGAUAUUACAAGUAAAAUCUUUAUCGUCUAUGCUGCAACAGUUGCUGUUUUCAUUUUCGGCCUGAUUCUGGCUAUUAUGAGUUUUUUCAUAUACAUUAAGGCCCUUCAUGUUAUAUUUUCGGCUGUGGUUUGCGUGUUGUUCAUGAUUUGGUUAGCAAUUGAUACGCAAAUGAUUGUUGGUGGAAAGAAAUAUGAGAUAUCUCCUGAAGACUACAUCUAUGCAGCGUUGACGUUGUUUAUUGACAUAUAUCAGAUCUUUAUCAGUUUGAUGUCGCUUUUCAAUGCUGCAAACAAUUGA